AUGAGAUUUUUUGCAUUUUAUUUUCUGUUCAACAUUCCGUUUUGCCAAGGGAAAACGAGUGAAUCGCUCGAAGCAAAUUUUACUUGCAAAGGAGAGCUAACUAUUUUUACCUUCGGUGAUUACAAGACUUAUGCUCAAAACAGUUCAUGGGGGGACAUCGUAAUUAAUGUCACUGUAAAAUCAAAAACCCAUCUCCUGGCUGUGAGAUGUCGAAAUUAUCAUGAAAAACCGUGGCUUAUGGGAAGUGUAAGCAACGGCCUAGUUACCGACACACGAUGGAAAUGUUUUGGUCUGAAAAGUGGUGAAUUGGCAAGGAACUUGUUUUGGCGCAAGACAGCGGAUGUCAGCCACUGGCCCCAGGCCUUUGCAAUCCAUGCAAACAGAGGAGAUAGUCCCUGGGGAAAGACCGCGGGUAUCAGCGAGGACGCCUUCUGGAUUUCUACUGUUGAGGAAGAUCAUUCAAAGCUCUUUUGUCGGCGGAGAUUAUCUGAUUUGCCUCCAGUAAUAACAGAGAAGCUUUCUGAGGGGAUCUUUCAGGCUACAAUUGAUGACGUAGGUUACUCAUUACGUAACCACACCAAGCGUCACCAUCAGGUUCAUGACGUCAUGGACUGUUUCGAGAAGUGCCUUGCUGAUCCCCAGUGCCUGUCUUUCAACUUUGAGCAUGAUUCGGUACUACCCACAAGAAAAUGCGAGUUAAAUGGAGUCACGAAAGGACAAGAUCCACGGAAUUACGUCAGAAGACCUGGUUACACAUACUAUGACAGAGUUUGAAUAUCACAGCUCAAAUUAGUCAGUGCUGGCUUUCAAAUCACUGUUGUAGCGGCUGUUAAAACAGUUUUUAAUGCAUACGGCAUUGAUCGCACUUGGGAAUAGUUAUCCUACAUGUGUCUUUUCAGAACUUGGUGCUUUCGAUAUGGAUGGUUGUCAGUUUAACUAGCCCAAUAUUUUAACUAGAUAGAGUAUGUGCUAUCUCCUUAAGUACUCAACUUCCACCCAUCUGUAACUGCUCUAUGGUAGAAGCCAAUUCGAAAGCCUGGCUCCUUUGGCUACUACACACUCUUUCCACUACUUUGUGUAAUUUUAUGUGUAGUUCAAUAGAACUCUCUUAUUUUUUUCUUUUUUUGUUUCUUGCUGUUGUAUUUUUUUAGUAGAAUAAGUGUGAAUAAAGUUCUGAAGUUCUGAAGUUCUGCGAUGGUUUUGCUUUGCCAAUUAUCGAAACUCUUUGCAAGGAGCAUCAUAACUAUUUCAAGAAGCGGCGCAUGAUAG